AUUGGACACGGUGCUCCUCCAGUUCAAUCUCAUCAUGUUGUCUUCUAAAAUCACUACCGCUCUUCUUGCCCUCGUCGGGUCUGCUGCAGCCGUGUGUCCCGCGGCUACACGCCAGGCUUCCGCCGAGCAGGUCAUCUACUCUUACAAUCUGAACAGCGACACGGCUGCCGCUGCAGGGUUCGCCAAAGUUCCUUGGGGGGAUCCAGACACUGCUGGUGGAUGCUAUACCGUCAUCAUCGCCGACGGAGCCUGCCCGAUUCCGGUUGCAACGACGGGCACUGGUACUUACGAGUUUGCCGUUGAAUCACGACAAGUAUUCAGCCAUCUGACUGGCCAAUACACCAACUUUGACAAUGGGACGACUCUAAUCACCACCGUUGUUACUCUGGGCCAUCAAACGACGGUCGGAACCGUCCCGAUUCCCGUGUCCUUUAUCGGAUAUGUGUAUAUGGACUACGACGACAACUGCCGCAUCUACCAGGCUCGUGCCUAUGCUCGGGUCCCCUACCAGGUGUUGCAGGAGACGUUUGCAGCUGUGAACCUCAACCUGCCGGCGCCGGUUUGUGGGGCGGAGCCAUAGAAUAGCGACAACUACACGAGAUGAAAGAGAAGUGAACAAGGUUGCCGGACGGAGAGAUGCGAGUGUGAAUUGAAUUAUAUAAUGUCACUGCCUUGACUUGCAACACAUUGUACAGCACUCGUCGUCAAUCACUCUCGACACAUGCUUCCCCUCAGACAUCUUCCAUCAACGUCUUGAGCGCGGCCUCAAACUUGCGUUUCUCAUCCUGGUCUUCCUUGCGAGCGAGCUCGAAUUCCUUCCGAGUAGUUUCCUUUGCUGCAAGAAUUUCUUUCUUCAGUUCGGCAAGCGAUGC